AUGCCUCCAGUUCCGCAACAUGCAACGUUCGUGCAAGCGAUGGAACAUCAUACAGAUUGGAUCAACGACUUGAUUCUUUGCUGUAAUGGACGAUUUUUGUUGUCAGCUUCUAACGACACCACGGUGAAGGUCUGGAAUGCCACAAAACAUUUCUGUAUGUCAACGUUACGCACACAUAAGGACUAUGUAAGUUGCUUAGCAUACGCCAAAGAACAUGAACGUGCUGCUAGUGCAGGAUAUGACCAGUCUAUUUACCUGUGGGACAUAGCUACCUUGACGAAACUUACUACUACUAACAAUACUGUAACCACCUCGUCUCUCAUGGGUUGUAAGAAUAGUAUUUAUGCAUUGGCGAUGAAUGAUUCAGGAACUGUGAUAGUGUCCGGCAGUACGGAAAAGGUGCUUCGAAUAUGGGAUCCCAGAACGUGUCAGAAAAUAAUGAAGCUACGGGGACACACCGAGAACAUACGAGCUGUUGUUAUCAGUCCUGAUGGCACAAAAUGUCUCUCGGCCAGCGCGGAUGCUACAGUUCGGUUAUGGGAUUUGGGACAACAGCGAUGUAUUGCUACAUGUCUAGUUCAUCAGGAAGGUGUUUGGACGUUACAGGUAUAG